CUGCGCGAUUCUACAGGAAAGCCUCUUUCCUCAGUGCCACUUGUAAAGCGAUGGAUCCAUCCGGCAGUUAUUCGUGAAGAGGUCGAAGAGGAUGGAAUAUGUGGGACGCUUUUCAAACCACCCGGAGAAGGCCCUUUCUCUAGCAUUUUGGAUCUAUCUGGUACCGGGGGAGGAAUCAACGAGCAUAAAGGCGCUGCUCUAGCAUCUGAAGGUUUUUGCGUACUAUCGUUGGCAUAUUUCCAAUACAAGACGCUUAUAACCGAUUUAAACGAUCUCGAUCUGGAUUAUUUUGAGAUAAUAGCUGUUUGUUCUAUAAAUGGCACUCAUGUCAUAGGUGAGAUUGUGAAAAUCAAGGAACAUGGCAAGCGUCUUCCAUACACAGAAAUACCAGCUGACAAGAUUUACUACAUCAAUCAAGCGUUGUGCUAUGACAAAUCUGUCAAGCAUAUGGAAAUUACUGAAGAAACAGAUUUGAAGAUAGAAACAUCACCGAGGCGCACAGCUUUCAGAUUAGUGGCGUCAUUAGACGACCUCUCUACGUCAACAGUCUUCGUCACUAGGUAUCUCGAAAAAAAACUCAGAGAUAGCAGUCAUUACGUUGAAGUCGACAUGGUUCCAGGAGGGCAUGUAAUGGAUCCUCCAUAUUUUCCUGCUCAUCAGGUCGUGUACUCGAAAUUUGCAGAUUCUAUACAAGCAUAUGGUGGAGAGCCAUGCAUACAUGGAGCAAGUGAGAGCAAAGCUUGGUCCAAUACAAUUGCGUUCUUUAAGAAGUUUCUCGGAUCUCCUAGGCCACUUGGGGACUAUCGAAGAAUAGUUGCAACUGCACGUUCUCACUUGUGA